AUGCCUGCGAAUCUUAUUCUUGUCAUUCUUGAGGAGGUCCUCACUCCCAUUGUGGAAAUAGUGGAGAAGGUGAUAGAGGGGGCCCACGGUGGGAGGCUGUACGCUGAACGACGCACUCUGCGAAUCGAUGGUCCUGGGAAUCCACGAAACAUCAUAGAUACCCGCCCCAUCCCACGAAUGAGCUAUUAUGAGCGAAACAACAUUUAUGAAGGUCCUUGCGGUGUCCCCAAGUACGAUUUCGAUAUGUGCGACAAGGACUUGUACAAUCUCACUAUCACCAAGUCAAUCCCGGCACACGGUCAGGCACAAUUUGAAAACAUACCAGCAACAUGUAUGGCCAUUUCCGGUGUCCUUGCUGGCUCCUGCGACCCUUCUCACGGCAUUCAUCCGGUACCAUGCGGUACUGAUUGUCUCUUGUAUACCUCUGUGACGGACGAGGAGCUCGAUCAGAUCACGGCAGCACUGAAGGGACAACCGCAGUCCAAGAAGGCAUCCAGUUAG